CGACUUCACCCCGACUUCCACAUUUCCUUGCAAGCCUCUCGUCUUCUCCCUCCCCAACCAAUCCUCAUCGAUUUGCACCGUCAAAAUGGCGCCUGCAACCGACGACAGCAGGACGUUGACGCCCGUGCAAUCCCACAAAACUCCCGUUGUCUGUGUGUUCUGCGGCGCCUCCAACGGCAACGACCCCAUUCAUCUGGACGCGGCGCGUUCGUUGGCCCGCGAAUUCCACCGCAAUGGCGUGAAGCUGGUCUACGGAGGUGGCACGGUCGGGGUCAUGGGCGAGCUGGCGCAGACCCUCGUUUCCCUCUCCGGCCCGGAUGCGGUCCAUGGCAUCAUUCCUCGAGCUCUGCUGCGCUACGAGCGGAACUAUGUCGAGACCGGUGGGGAGGUGGACCCGCAGAGUUUGAUCGACGAGAAUGUGUAUGGGCGGAUGACGGUCGUGGAGGACAUGCACCACCGAAAACACCUAAUGGCAAAGGAAGUGAUCGAGGGCGGAGCGGGCAGUGGCUUUGUGGCGCUAACGGGAGGCUAUGGCACGCUGGAGGAAUUGAUGGAGAACGUGACGUGGAACCAGCUGGGCAUCCAUGCCCGCCCCGUCGUGGUCUACAACGUCGCCGGCUUCUGGGAUGGCCUGCUGCAAUGGGUAAAGACGGCCGUCGAGGCCGGCUUCGUCCAGCCGAGCAACGCGGGCAUCAUGGCCGAGGCGACAACGAGUGAGGAGGUGAUGAAGACGUUGACGGAUUACAAGAUUGCGGAGGGGAGGUUCAAGUUGAGAUGGGGGGAGAAGUGAGCAAUGAUAGGGAUGGAGCGGGAUUAUGGAAAGGAUGGCGUCUAAUUAGAUGACUUAGAAUGGCGGAUGGGGAGAUAGAUCGAACAAUCAUGUUUGAAGUAACUGCUCGGAGGGACCACCGUGGUAAACUCUUCGUCGGUUGGUUGUCCAAUGUUCACCAGCCCUUGAGAGUCUUCCACACCCGACGUCAACGCCUGUUGCAUCCACAUGGAGCCUUACGGUGACGAGGACAUCAAUGCCAAAGGAGAAGCACCAAUUCGUUGGAAUGCAUCACUUCAUCUUUCCCGUCCCCUUCCCUCCACCCGUAGACGGUGUAUAGUCAUCCCAGCCGCCGAUCUCAACCGG